UGGGCCCUCCCGGAGGCGGCAGCAGCGGCCGCAGAAGCAGCAACGCGAGCCGCCACCUCCACCGAGGCCGCAGCCGGCUCAGCCGCCCCCGGGCCCGCCGCUGCCGCAGUCAUGGCUGCUGACGGGGUGGACGAACGCUCGCCUCUGCUGUCAGCAUCCCAGUCGGGAAAUGUCACUCCCACCGCCCCACCGUACUUGCAAGAAACCAGCCCCAGAGCGGAACUCCCACCUCCAUAUACAGCCAUUGCCAGUCCGGAUGCCAGUGGUAUUCCAGUAAUCAACUGCCGUGUGUGCCAGUCCCUAAUCAAUUUGGAUGGCAAGCUUCACCAGCAUGUGGUUAAGUGCACGGUUUGCAAUGAAGCUACGCCAAUCAAAAAUCCCCCAACAGGGAAGAAAUAUGUUAGAUGCCCUUGUAAUUGUCUCCUCAUUUGUAAGGACACCUCUCGGCGAAUAGGAUGUCCGAGACCCAACUGUAGACGCAUAAUUAACCUUGGCCCGGUAAUGCUUAUUUCUGAAGAACAACCAGCUCAACCUGCAUUGCCAGUCCAACCAGAAGGUACAAGAGUUGUGUGUGGGCACUGUGGAAACACAUUCCUGUGGAUGGAACUGAGGUUCAACACUCUGGCAAAAUGCCCACACUGCAAAAAAAUCUCCUCAGUGGGUAGUGCACUUCCGCGAAGACGCUGCUGUGCAUAUAUUACCAUUGGAAUGAUAUGUAUUUUCAUUGGAGUUGGAUUAACUGUUGGCACCCAAGAUUUUUCAAGGAGAUUUCAUGCAACCUAUGUUUCUUGGGCAAUAGCUUAUCUCUUAGGUUUGAUCUGCCUUAUCAGAGCUUGUUACUGGGGAGCCAUAAGAGUCAGUUAUCCAGAGCACAGUUUUGCAUAA